UGCUUCUAACUGAUUAUUUUCCGCGACUGUACGUGUGUGUCCAGGUGUGUGCGACCAGAGUUUUGGUAUCCAUGUCGCUGAGAUGGCCUCUUUCCCGCCGGCUGUGGUUGCCAUGGCGAAAGAGAAGGCCGAGGAGCUGGAGGAGUUCCAGGAACCUGCGGGCGAAACAUUGACACAAGAGGAAGAGCCCGAGGCCAAGAGACGACUGACGGACAAACAAGUGGGGGAAAGCCUGAUCCUUAACUUCCUGGAGAGGGCGAAGUCACUUCCUGCCACCAUGAGCGAGGCGGAGGUGAAGAAGGAGCUGAGGAAAAUGAAGCAAGAGAUGGCAGCUAAGAACAAUAAAUACAUCACAGACAUCCUUUCCCGAUGCGGUAAAACCGUUUGAUCAACACAGAUUAAUUUCAUGUACUCACGUAACACAAACACAUCACCACACUAACAUUUUGUUUUUCAAUAAAGAAUUAUUCGUGAA